AUGUUGUUUGAUCAGGGGGUACGGGGAUGGACCUACGACAAAAAUCAACAGGGGGGACUCUUAGAAAUAUUAGAAUGUAGCAAACUUUGAACUACUGUAACUUUUUAGUAUAUAAUUGGACAGCUAAAAAUUUUAAUUUCUACUUUACUUUGCUCUUCCACAUGACAUAGGUCUCAGUUCUAAAUUCCCCUAUUUGCCUUUCCUUUGUAAGGCGGGGUAAUUCUGGGCAAAGUUGGAUGACAUAGGGUAGGUUAUUUUAAGAUGGUGCAAGGUAGGGGAUAAAGAAGGUUAUUGUAGAGUAGGAAGGGUAGAUCAGAUAGGGGUAGGUAGGGUAUGGUAUGGCAAAGUAAGGCAGGGUGGUUUAAAAACAAUUAAAAACAUUAUUUGAUGGGGUGAUUUUUUUAUUUUUUUUAGAAGAACGGGGGUUCAAGUAAAUUUUUUUAAAAUUUUUUGAAACACGAUUUUUGAAACAACAAUAAUUAAAAACAGAAUUUUAAAAAUUUUAAAUUUUUUCAAUAUUUAGGUGUUUUACCCUCACAGGUUAGAGGUACUUUUACCUCUAACUCUACCUCUACUGAUACCCCUACUUAUACUGUUUCUAAUAGUUCUAUCUUAUCAAAAAAAUUCAAAAAUAUAAAUUUUUUAACAUUAAUUUUGAAAAAAUUUCAAAAUUUAAAAAAAGUUGUUGAAUAUCGAUUUUUUUAAUAUUAUGAUGCAAAAAAAAUUUAAAAUUGAUUUUUUAAUAUAAAAUUAUCAUAACUUUUGAAAUUUCAGGACGGCCGUCCCCUUAAAUUCGAAUCAAACGACGAGCGUCAGUUCCUAAACAACAAUCAACAGCUCUACAUUGACUCGGCCAAUGUUGAUGAUGCUGGUGUCUAUACCUGUAUCGGUGAGAAUGAAGCUGGAAAGACGACCAAGAACAUUGUCAUUAACAUGCUGGAUGCUCCUGUAGUGAUAAGACCAUAUCAAGAAGUGGAGGCGAGGGAAAACGAAACUAUUUUGUUGACUUGCCCAGUCACCGAUCCAUCACAAUAUAAGUUGACUUGGCUGAAGGGUGGAGAUGCGGUUAGGAAUGGGCCGAAUAUUCAGGUGGGUAUAUGUUUAGACUGUCAUUUUGAAAGUGAAUUUAAAACUCGUUUAUAACGAAAAAAAUUUAAGUUUUGGAGCGAUUAGUUAUACAGGUUGUUCAAAUAAUCUUGUGCCCCUUUUUACAAAGCAAGUUUUUGGAGUUAGGGGCACAGAAUUAUUUGAACAAACUUUUUAUUUUAUAUGCAGGCUAUUCCUGUAUUUUUGAGUUUUUCUUAGGCCUACGAGUUUGAAAAAAAAAUUUUGAGUGUUUGCGGUAUCAUCGUAUAACAUGUCUCCCGCAGCCUGCAGAAUGCUUUUCCUGGAUUUUUGCUUAAAUUAGAGGGUCUUAGGGUUUUAUAAAAAAGUUCUUGCGGUUUUUAAUAAAAUGAAUGUUGUAAAGAAAGUUUUUGCGUUUUUUUUGAAAAAUGAGUUUUGUAAUCAAAGUUUUUGCGGUUUUUUGAAAAAUGAGUUUUGUAAAGAAAGUCCCUGCGGUUGUUUGAAAAUUGAGUUUUGUAAAGAAAGUUCUUGCAGUUUUUUGAAAAAUGAGUUUUGUAAAGAAAGUUCUUGCAGUUUAAAAGCUCUUGUUUUUAGAUAUCCGAAAACUCUCAAACCCUCCAAUUCAUCAACAUUUCACCACGCCAUGCUGGUAAAUACGUUUGUGAAGUUGUGAACGAUGCUGGAGAGAAUGAAGCCGUCUUCAAUUUGGACGUUCUGACCCAACCUCACAUUCAACAGCCGGCUGGCACAAUGAGAAACAAGGCCGUGAUCUUGCAUGAACAACUACAUCUUCAUUGUGAUGCUAAUGGAUUACCAAAGCCUGAGAUUACAUGGCUAUUUGAUGGUAGUAUCAUUCAAGGGAACAGCCUGUUGGUUCAGGAUACGGUGGCCGAAAUUGAUGGUAAGUGGGGUUAAAGAAGGAGAAGGCGAUGGUAGUAGGAGUACUAGAGGAGAAAGUGAUGGUAACAUUAGUAAUGUAGACGAAGGGGAUGGUGAUAAUGGUAGGGGUACUGUAGGUGAAGUUGUUGGUAGUAGGAGUACUGUAGGAGAAGUUGACGUUAAUAGGAUUACUAUAGGGUAAGGGGAUGGUAGUAGGGGUACUGUAGGCGAAAAAAAGUAGGUGUACAUUUGAAGAAGGUGAUGGUCGUAGAGGUACUGUACUUGAAGUUUGUGGCAGUUGGGGUACUGUAGGUAGAGGUGAAGGUAAUGGUCGUAGGGGUACUGUAGUGCAAGGUGAUGGUAUCAGAAUUACUGUAGUGAAAUGUGAUGGUAGUAUGGGUACUGUAGGGGAAGGUGGUCGUAUUAGGGGUACUGCAUGGUAAGAUGAUAGUAGUAGAGGUACUGUAGGUGAAGGUUAUGAUAACAGAAGUACUGUAGGUUAUAUACCGUACUCAGUAAAUAGCCUUUUGUUGUACUUUACAUUACCUUACCCGACUUUAACUUAUUUUAUCUUGCUGUACUCUGCCUUAUCUUAUCCAUAAAUCAAUUUCUGUUCCCUCACAAUUUUUUUUGAUUUGAUUGUGAGGAUACGGUAAAAACUAUAAAAUUUAUUUUUUCAGAAUCUCAAUCUUCAGCCGAAGGCAGCCUACCUCAAGUCUCAGAUGGCAACCUCCGAAUUCAGAAGAUAACCACAAUGAACCAAGGUCGCUACACCUGUAUCGCCCAAAACAAAGCCGGCCGAACAGAGGUGGACGUCUUCGUGGAGGUCAUCGUACCACCAGUAAUUGAGCUACAGUCUAAGCACAUCAAGAUCGUUCAAGGCAAAGACCUGACUAUCAAAGCCAGGCUACUUCAAGGUACCGAGCCAUUGGAAGUCAAAUGGAUCAAAGGCGAACUGGAGAUGGCUACAAUGUCGGAAUCUAAGGAUGGAGGCCUCUUCUACGUGGUGAAGAUUCAUGAAGUCAAGCCGAGUGAUGAAGGCGUGUAUACUGUAACUUUUGAGAACAAAGGAGGCUUGGUGAAGGAGAAUGUCAAGGUGGAAGUGUUGAGUAGGUUUUGGAAAGAAAGUUAUUGCGGAUUUUAGUAAAAAUGAAGGUUGGAAAGAAAAUUAUUGCGAUUUUAUUGAAAAAGAGGAGGGAGAGCUGGAAAGAAAGUUUUUGCGGAUCUUUUUUUGAAAAAAUUGUUUUGGAAACAAAGUUCUUGCGGUUUUUGGAAAAAUAUGUUUUGUAAAGAAAGUUCUUGCCAUUUUUGCAUUGGAAAGAAAGUUUUUGCCAUUUUUUGUUCUGUAAAGAAAGUUCUUGCCAUUAUUGGUUUGUAAACAAAGUUCUUGCCAUUUUCUGUUUUGUAACGAAAGUUUUUGCCAUUUUUUAUUAUGGAAAGAAAGUCUUUGUUAUUUUUUUUGUAAAGAAAGUUCUUGCCAUUUUUUAAUUAAAUUCUUAAUUUUUUCAGCCCAACCCCAAAUAGCCUCAGGCGACCGAGUCUUCAAAGUCAUCGAACUCUUCGACCUCAAGCUCUCAUGUGAUGCUGAAGGCUCACCAGCACCAACAAUUAAAUGGUACCAAAACGGAAAGCUACUGAACCAGACAGGUCAAGAACUCGAGCUGAAGUCGGUAACAACGUCGAAUGGUGGUCGAUACACUUGUGAAGCCUUGAAUGAUGCCGGAUCGGCUAAAACAGACUUCAUGGUGGAGGUGUUUGUGAAGCCGAAGAUUCUGGAGUACGAGAAAGUCAUCAAAGCCAUUGAUGGGAGUAGGGCCCGAUUGGAAUGCAAGUUCAGUGGGAAUCCGGAACCUACUGUCAAGUAAGUGUUUGGGUAUACGUAUAGUAAUGUUAUUCAGGUUGAGAUUAAAUAAGGCAGGGUAAAGUAGGGGUAAAACAGUGUAUCGUAUGGUGUAGUAGGGUAGGAAGGGGUAAAGUAAGCUGGUUUAAGAUAAACUAGGGUUUACAGUAGGUUAGGGUAAAGACGUGGUUUUAAGCCAUUUUGAGACAUUUUAAAAAUGAAAGUUGAGCGGAAGAUUUUCAGUGUAAAAUACAUUGCAAAUCUUCCACUCAACUUCCACUUUUUUCUUUUUUACAUUUUGGGUUUUGUAAGUCUAAUUUAGGCUUUUCAUGUCGUUUUUCGAAGUUUAAAAAUUAUUUUUUCUUUCAGAUGGAUGAGAUCCGGCCGAUUAAUUGGUAACGCCCCGAACAUUAUCUUAUCACCUCGAGGCGAGACCCUAUUGAUCCCCAAAACCAACAAAGCUGAUGCUGGUGACUAUUCAUGUGUGGUAUCGAACAAGGCAGGUCAAGCCGAAGCCACAUUCGAUGUCAUCAUCCAAACUGCGCCCCACAUCGACGAGAUUAUCGACCAGAAUCCUACAAUAAUCGAGAAGAACCGCGUCGUACUCGAGUGUCCAGUACUAGGCUUUCCUGAACCCAAAAUUACCUGGAGGUACCUGGACAAUGAUAUUAGUCCAUCUGAUGAUAAGGUUUUCAAAAUUGAAGGAGAAAAUUUGCAUAUUCUGAAUGCUACAGUAGCUCAAGCAGGACGGUACACAUGUUAUGCUGAGAAUGAGAUUGGAGAACUGGAGACCAAUUAUGAAGUGGAAGUUAUUGGUAAGGGUUUGGAAAGAAAGGUAUUGCGGUUUUUAGAAAAAUGGGUUUUGUAAAUAAAGUUAUUGCGGUUUUUUAUAAACUGGGAUUUGGAAAGAAAGUUCUUGCGUUUUUAUAAAAAUAAGUUUUGUAAAGAAAGUUAUUGAGCUUUUGUUAGACAUAAGUCUAUGUGACGUAUUUUACAUAAAUUUUUCAUUUUCAGCCGCCCCUCGUUUCGGAACGAACGGAAACAAAAGCUACACCGUGCUCGAAGGCAACGCAAUUGACAUUUCUUGUCCGGUUGAAGCCAACCCCACACCAACCAUCGAAUGGCUGCGAAAUGGGAACAAAAUCGAUUUCACGUUAACGAAAUUCCACGCUUCGCCAAAUGCUAAGGUAAUUUUUGGUAAAUAUUGGUUUUGGAAAGAAAGUUUUUGCGGUUUUUGGAAAAAUGAGUUUUGUAAAUAAAGUUAUUGCGGUUUUUCAAAAAAUGAGUUUUGUAAAGAAAUUUCUUGCGGUUUUUAAAUUUAAAAAAUGUGUAAAGAAAGUUAUUGCGUUUUUUUGGAAAAAAUGAGUUGUAUGAUGAAAGUUUUAGCGAUUUUUUGGUAUUAUUGUACAAAAUGUCACCUGCAGCAUGCAGGAUUUUAAUUUCGGUUUAAAAAUAAGCUGAUAAGUAUUGUAAAGAAAGUUCCUGCAUUUUUUUAUAAAAAGGAAUUUUGUUAAGAAAGUUCUUGCAGUUUUUCAAAAAAAAGUAAAGAAAUAUUUGAGGUUUUUGGCAUCAUCGUAUAACGUGUCACCUGCAGCCUGCAGAAAUUAAUUUUGGUAAAAAAUAGCAGAAUAUUUGUCUUGUAAAGAAAGUUUUUGCCCUAAAAGAAAUGCGUUUACGGCCGACGUAUUUACCUCAAAUUUGUAUACUUUUCAGAAGCUAAAACUACUGAAUGCCACCCUCACGGACGGUGGAAAGUACGUCUGUCGUGCGACGAACGUGGCCGGCUCCAAUGACAUUGAAAUGUCACUUCGAGUCAUUAUACCACCAAAAAUAGACGAAUCUAAUGUUAUACGGAACCCUCUGGCAGUGUUGGGACGCUCAAUUUAUCUGGAAUGCCCGGCCACAGCCGUCCCUCAGCCCAGUAUAAUAUGGCUGAAGGACGGUCGAUUUAUCGACUACUCGGAAACGAUCAGUGAUGAGAAGACCAAGAAGUACUCGCUACAACAGAACAAUCAAACGUUCGGCAUCCGAGAGGUGGAGCAUGAUGACCAAGGCAGCUAUACCUGUUUGGUCGAGAAUCAAGGCGGAACGGCCAGUGAGGACUUUGAUGUGGAUGUGCUGAGUAAGUUUUUUAAAAAUUUUACAGUGUAGAUGAUGGUUGUUUUACGGUGUAGAUAGUUGGUAGGGGAGGCCGUAAGAUGGGAAAUCGCUAUUUAUAAUGUAGGGUAUGGUAGUUACUGUAGGGUACGGUAUGUGCUGUAGAGUACGACAUAAACUGAAGAGUACAGUAGUUAAUGAUGAAUCUGGUAGAUAUUGUACAGUACGGUAGGUAGCGUAGGGAAAGGUAGCUACUGUAGAGUACGGUAAUUAAUGUAGGUUACGGUAGGUAUUGUGGAGUAUGGUAGGUACGAUGGGUAGUGUAGAAUACGGUAUACUAUGCAGGGUAGGAUAGGUUAUAUAGAGUACGGUAGUUUUCGAAGAGUAUGGUAAGUACUUAAUAUUACGGUAGGUACUGUGAAAUAUUACAGUAUAGAGAGGGAGGUACAAUUGAGUAACGUAGAGUACGGGAGGUGAUUUAAAGUACAAUAGGAUAUUAUAAAGUACCCUACCCUACUCUAUUCUACCUUACUCUACGUUAGUUUAUCCUACUCUAUCCUACCCUACUCUACCCCAAUCUACACUACCUUACAAUACCCUACUUGGCUUUUAUAAACUAAAACACACAUUUUCAGUCCCACCAGUGAUGGACAAAGAAGUAGCAACCACACCUCAAAUGAUAAUAAAGCGAGAAAACGAAUCAGUUGUGUUGACAUGCCCAGUCAGAAUUGGAAUUGGAAAGAACGAUGUCAAUGACAUUGUUAUCAGUUGGACUCAAGAUGGUCGAGAUAUUGACGUAGAUUCUAGUAAUUUUGAGGUAUGCCAUUUUUCAAAAUUUUUAAAUUUUAAAUUGGUUUUGGAAAUUUUAAUCAGAAUUUAAGCCGUACUUGAAAAAUCGAUAAAUAUUGUGGCAUUUCGUCACAUUGUGUCAUUUUUUGAAGUUUCUUGCUUUUCAAGUUCAAUUUGUACAUUUUAAAAUGUUGUUUACAAUUUUAGAACACUUUUUUUAUAGUUUAGAAUAACAUUAAGAAAAUUUGGCGAAAUGUCACAAAAGUUAUUGGAAAACGUAAAAAUGUAGCGAAAUGUAACAAAUUUUAUUGGGAAACAGAAAAUAUAAAAAAAUUUUUAAUUGGCAUAACAAAAGCUUUUUAUUUUACGAAGAAUAUUGAAAUUUAACGAAGUGUCACAAAAUUUAUUGGAAAAUGAAAAGUGCGGCGAAAUGUCACAAAAUAUAUUAGCAAAUUAAGAGUCCAAAAAAUGACAUGGUUCAGCCAAAUUUUAGAGAAUUUCAAAAAAUUCUAAUUUUUUAACUCCCCUGAGAUUAAAAUUUUCGAAUUUUAGGUAUCAUCCAACGGUAAACGUCUAAAAAUCAAGUCCAUUAAGGUAGCGGACAGUGGUCAUUACAAAUGUGUAGCCUCGAACAGAGCCGGCCAAUCCCAUGCCAAGUUCCACCUGGACGUUCUAUGUACGCAUUUGAAAACGGAAUACUGUAGACAACUAGAGUUUAACCAUAUUAACAAGCAAAGACGGUCGUUCGAACGUCGACGUCAUGAACAGAGAAAACAUUUCGGUUUCCAUACUAACCCUUUUCCUAACCAUCUAACACAUGUGAUGAGUGAUAGUGAAGAUACGAUGGGUUAUGGAGGCAGGACGGGUUAUGAUGAAGGUAGGAUGGAUCGUGAUGAAGGUAGGAUGGGUCAACAGGAUGAUACAAUGAGUAACGAUGAAGGAACAACAAGUUAUGUAAGUCAAAACGGCUUCACAAGCCAUCAAAACGACUUUAAACUCGACCUUGGCCUAAAAUCUACCAAAAAUACUCCAAAAUCCUACAAAAACAAGCCGAAACACCGUCAUGAUGACGUCACAACUCGUCAUGAUGGUGCAACAAAUAUUCACAAUGAUCUUCUCAACACUUUCUACAAAAAUCCUUCUGAUCCAAUAACAUUCGACAAAGAUAUGGCAAUUCUUUCACGACCAACCCACCUACCUCAAUAUACCCAAAACAACCUGAAAAACCCACGCCCUUUCUAUAAUGACAAACUUUAUCAACAUAACAUAAGAAGAAAAGACUCGUUAUCAAAAGUGCAUCAUUUUGAGUUUAAUCGACUGGUCGAACGACAAACGGUUCAUCCGUUAGCGUUAGAGAACCCUACCUUACCAUUACACAAAGCCUAUAACAACUAUCAGUCUAACGAUCUUAACCACCUCUCCCAUUUCACACAUCUAAAACAUUUGAAACCCAAAUUUAAAGUUGACGCUAGGUUUACUACGUAUGAUACUAGGAGAAGUCCGGUAAAGAGUUUUGAGGUUGGGGACAGGGGUAGUGGGAGUAUAGAUCUUAAGGAUGAUUUGCAGGAGGUGACUGGGUUUGAGGGCAAUUUUCAGGAGGUACAGAAUGGUAAUGUAGGUGAUGUUGGUAACGAUAGAAAGCCAAAAGACCGUAGAAUAACGUACAGUAAUGGAUUUGAAGAUAGGGAUACAUUUUCAUACACUUCUGAUCAAAAAAGUAAUGGCAGCCCGCCAGGUUUUAAUCAAAAAUCCGAAAAUUUUGCUGAAUUCAAAGCCAAAGAAGGCCAAAUUUCAAGAGAUUGGUUAGAUAACAAACAUAAAACCGUACUCAAUUACUUUCAGAAUAAGGUUAAGAAGCUGAAAAAUAUAAAACAAGAUCGAAAUUUAGACACUAACAGUAAAGAAACAGAAAAAUUCAAGCCAAACUUUGAUAGAAAUUCCGAAAAAAGCACUUUCGACAAGUAUAAUGCUAUUUUAAAUAGUGACAACGCUGAUGAAUUUCAAAUUUAUGAAAAAGAUUUAAAGCCGGAAAUUGUGUCGAUAAAAGACAAGCCUAGAAAAGAUCAGCUUUUUAGAGAAACGCAAUUAGGGGAGCUAAAUUUAAGUAACAUUGGUAAUGGAAAAUACCAUUUACUGAAUAAAAUUCAGGCCAAAAUUGAUGGUAGCAACUAUAAUAUGAAUUGAAAGGAAAAAUGUUUAUUUUUAUGCCCGAGGGUGAAAGAUAAAAAAAUUUUGAUCUAAGGUAUUAUCUGUACAGUAUACACUCAUUUUUUAAAUUUUUAUUUUUUCUAACCCCCCCCUUAGAGACGUACCUGAGUUUACUGAAGUUAUUAUCAGUACCAGAUCAUAAGAGCUAUUUUUGUAAUUUUAGUGUUUUUUUCAAACUCAUCAUACUCAUAUCAAUUUCAGAAAUCACACCAUAUCAACCUCAUUACACUGUGAUGUCUUGUGAAUGUCUUUCAGUUUUUUUAAUUAAUUUAAUUUAUCUAAAACUAAUGUUAUUGAUUGUUUGCUUGUUUACCGGGUGCCUUUUAUGCUAAUAUAAUUUCUGUGUUUACUGUCCGUUUGUUGUAUACUUUGUUGUUUCUAUUCUUUCAGGUUCUUUUUCAGUUUUUAAAAAUGUUUUUUUUGCUGUUUAAACUAAACUUAAAUAAACUAAACUAACAAGUUAAUUGUACCUAAUAUAUAAGUGAAAUUUGUCGCACUUUUGGCAUUUUCAUUAACUUAACCUAAAAACAAAACAAUUUUAAAAUUGUAAAAUACGUCUGCAAAAUGAGCCAUUUUUAGCUAUACACAUAACUCAAGUACAAAGUACUUGCCAUAUAAAGAACUAGUAUAGACCAAUACAUUUACAAAACUACCCAUCACACAUACAAAACAAAAUAUUUUUAGCUCAACCAGUGAUAGUUGAAGAAAAAAUUAACAUAGUACCUACAGUCCCAAUUGGCAAAAGCACUAUCUUGUGGUGUCCUGCUUCAGGCCACCCUCCACCCACUGUUACCUGGUUUAAAGGCAACGGAGAAAAGGUGGUGGAAGUUCCAGGAAAAAUACGCCUUUUGGACCGUGGCCAAGGGUUGGAGCUAAUCCAGGCCGGCCUUGAAGACAUUGGGUCAUGGACGUGUCAUGCCGAAAACGAUGCGGGUAUUACUGAGAAGGUCAUUACACUCAAUGUUUACGGUAAGAUAGCGAUUUAUUUUACAUGAAAUAUCAUGGUGAACAUUGAGGAAAAACAACAAAUUCAACUGUUUUGACUUUAAAAAUAUUAAUUUUUCUGCUCCGAAAGUUAAUGAAUUUUGGAGAAAAGGGCUUAUGUUAUAGUAGAGUUGUUAGGACGUACAUAAAGUUUUGUCAACUUCUGGGCCAUGCUUCUUCAAUCCAAAUAUUUUCUUUUUAGGUAACAAUCAUAGCUUUUCCGAGUAAUUUAUUUCGCAUCUUUAAGAUAAGAACGUAUCAUGGAGGUACUUUCAAAGAUUUGUUUCAACAAUCCAUUUAUAGACCUAAAACAAUAUUAUAUUACACUAGAUUCCUUUUGUAAACCGAAUUACACUAAAAACGAAUCGAAAGUUAAACUCGAAAUACACGGAAAAAAAUCGAAAAACUUAAAUAAAUAUACCUAACGAUAUGUUAAAAUACCCUUAAAACCACAAAUAAAUGUAAAAACUUUCAGUUGAGCCAAAAGUUGAAGUCCGAGCUCAAGAUGAGGCCGUAAAACCGGUUGGAUCAGCUGUAACCUUAUUCUGUAAUGCUACUGGAAACCCAAAACCGGCUUUGUCAUGGCAAAUUGCCGGCAACUUGCUCAUACCGUCAGCCAACACUGCUCAAGUGUCUUUGUCCGUGAGGUUUUUACAAAUUGUUUUCCAGAAAGAAAUCAAAAAUAAUAAGAGAGACACUUGACACAAAAGCCUGUUCUGGGUCAAGUUUUUCUUUAUUUAUCGUUUUUUUGGGUUUUGAUAAUGUUAUUGAUAAAGUAAAGGGUUUUAGAGUAAAACGAAUGAAGUAAAGAUUUAAAUAGGGUUCAUAAAUUGUGAAAGAAAUUAUCUUGUACUAAAUUUUGGCAUUUUAAGGGCACUCGGCUGGAUAUUGUGAACCUGCAGGCCGAUAACGCUGGAAGAUACGAAUGUGUAGCAAGAAAUGAGAUUGGAUCAGCUCUAUCUGCCAUCAAUGUUGACAUUCUGGGUUUGUACUUUAUUUUUUUGCAGAUUGAUUUUUAAAACUGAAGAAAAAGCUGGCAUGUCGUAUUUUACAAAAGAAAGCAUAAAAAACGGCCAAAAAUGGCUCAGAAUCCCAGGGUUUAGGUAACAAAAACUUUUUUUAAUUACAAAAACGUAUUUUUAGUGACGCCAGAGAUAAACCGAGAGAAUCUGGAUGUGAAUCGUCGAUUAGUAACCGGUCGAUCAGUAACCUUGUAUUGUGAAGCCACUGGCAAGCCCACGCCCAAAAUUCAAUGGUUCUUGAAUGGAACAUUGAUCACAGAACAAACCACGACAAAUAUUGUGUUUGGCACUGAUAACAAGUUCAUUCAGGUAAGGUUGUUUUAAACUUCUAUUUCAAAGAAAAUUUGGUAAAGUAGGACAGGCAUAUUGAUGUUAACAUAGGUAUACCAAGGUUAAUAUUUUGGUAAUAUAGGUAAACUACGACUUCUAUAUCUACUCCAUUUUUUUCUUGUAGAUACUAAUUUUUUCGAUUUAUUUAAUGAAAUCAAAUUCCAGAUUUCAAACGCCACGUUAACAGACAAAGGUGUCUAUGAAUGUGAAGCCGAGAAUGGAGCAGGCAAAGACAAAUUACAGUAUGUGGUUACUGUAGAUUGUAAGUUUACAAUGUCUUUUUUUACAUAUGAAACUUAAUUUCUUUUACUAUUUUACAUUACCUUUGAUACUUUAAACUUUUAAGGCGAAAAGCCACAAAAAUUAUAGAUUUUGACGGAAUGUCACAAAUUUUAUUGAUUUUUGGUAAAAUACGUUGUUACAAUGUGCGAUUGCUUUUACUUGUUUUUAGAAGUUUUUGUUAUUACUUUUUAAAACUUUUUUCAUUGUAACAAAAUGUAAAAGAAAAUAUUGAUUUUGACGAAAUGCCAGAGAAUUUAUUGAUUUUCAAAAAGCGGAAAUUUAUGUUUAUUUGCUUAUUUUUACUGUAGUUAGUGUUGUAUUUGUACAUUUUGUACACUUACAUGAAGAAAUGUCACAAAAAUUAUUGAUUUUGACGGUGUCACAAAUUUAUUGAUUUUUUUUAAAUAUUCAAAACGGUAAUUUUAGGUAUAUUUUUAUGUUUACAAUUGAAAAAAUCUUAAUUUAGUAACCCCAUCAAUACUAAACAGUGGCACAAACAAGGUGGUCGAAGGUAAUGUAGCCGUAAUGGAAUGUAAAGCAACGGGAGAGCCAAAACCAAAGAUAACCUGGCAAAGGAAUGGCAUUCGAGUCGAAACUGGCGCCAGAUAUAUGGUUGAAGAGCAGGUUUUGAAGAUUAUCGACACUCACAACUCGGACAGCGGAAUCUACGUUUGUGUAGCCACAAAUGAAGCCGGCACUGAUCAACAGGCUUUCACUUUGGAGGUUUUGGGUAGGAUUUUUGGCAAGAACUUUCUUUACAAAACGAAAAAUGGCAAGAACUUUCUUUACAACACAUAAAAUUGCAAAAACUUUCUUUACAACACAAAAAUGGCAAAAACGUUGUUUACAAAGUAAAAAUGGCAAGAACUUUCUUUACAAAACAGAAAAUGGCAAGAACUUUCUUUACAAAACAAAAAUGGCAAGAACUUUCUUUACGGAGUAUAAAAUGGCAAGAACUUUCUUUACAAGCCAUAAAAUGGCAAGGACUUUCUUUACAAAACACAAAGUGACAAAAACUUUCUUUACAAGACAAAAAUGGCAAAAACAUUCUUACAACCUCUAAACUUAAAUUUCAUGUUACAGUAUCCCCAGAAAUCAUCAAAAAGUCACCAAACGAGACGGUAGUAGCCGUAGGCGGCGAGAUCUCUUUGAUCUGUGAAUCAUCCGCCUACCCAUUGGCCAACACUUCAUGGUACUACAUGGACGAGCCAAUCGAAGAAGCCGGCAUCAACUACACCGUCAAAGGAAAUGGCAAUCUGAUAGUAAAAGGUCUACAAGAGAAAGGCGACCUGGACUUUAAGUGUGUCGUCUGGAAUGAAGCCGGUGAAGCCAGCUCUUUGUAUGUUGUGAAAGCCAUUAGUGCACCAACUACGAUAGGACCAAACCAGCUGAGACAGAUCAAUAGUAGCCAAGGAGAACCGACCAUUUUGACGUGUGAAAUUGAGAUCGAGUACGAGAAAAGCGAGGUUUUGUGGAAGAAGAAUGGAGAAGUUUUGAAACUUGGCGGGGUAGGUGUUUGGCCGAAAUGUCAAAAGUUUAAUUCUAUUAUUACGAAAUGUCACAAAAAUUAUUGAUUUUUGGAACUCACGUUUUUUGAGUUUAGUAACAUUUUUAGAACAUAGGAAAAUGUUUUUUAUGUUGCUUUUAAUGUUUUGGCGAAUUUGACGAAACGUCACAAAAAUUAUUGAUUUUUGGAACUCACGUUUUUUCAGUUUAGUAACAUUUUCAGGGCAUAGGGAAACGUUUUCACGUUGCUUCUAAUGUUUUGGCUACUUUGACGAAAUGUCACAAAAAUUAUUGAUUUUGUAAUUUUGCUUUUUUUGGCGUUUAUGACAUCCUGGAAUUAUGCAAAUAUCAUAUUAUGAAUUCAGUUUUUUUUUGUUUUUUCACAGAAUGUCACAAGACGUAUUGAUUUUUAUUACUUUUUGACGAAAUUUCACAAAAAUUAUUGAUUUUUUUUAAAUCAAGAAUUUGGUCUUUUUUGGAGGGUUAAUGACAUAACUGUAUUUAAAAAGUGCUAAAUUUUUGGAUUUACAGGAAAUAACCGCAUCAGUAAACAACAAAAAAGGUCAGCUUCAAUUCUCAGACACCGAACUGAAGGACGAAGGUAAAUACGAAUGUACCGUCGCCAAUACGGUCGGAAACGCUACGCAAAAGACACAUCUUUAUGUGGGAGGUAGGGGUAUAUGAUGUCUACUGUGGUUAUGUUGACCCAAAAAACGAUACUUUUGAUACGAUACUUUUGGUUCAAGCAAAUAUUAGAUGUCGACAUAAAGAACUCGCCAUAGUUUGCCUGUAAUUUCAUGUAAAAAAUGGCGGGUUCUUUAUGUCGGCACCUAAAAUAACAGGAAAAAUUUGAUUUUUUAAAAUUUUUUAGUUUUUUGGGUUGAAUUUAAAAUUUUUUUGGUAAAAUACGGAUACCGCCCAAUUGUUAUCUAAAAUAUUCAAAAAGUAAUUUUUAAUUCUUUUCAGUACCGCCAAAGAUCAAUGAGAAGCCGAUGAAAGUGAUAGUGAAGAAGGGCGAGAGGGCCAAGAUCUGGUGUGAAACGGUUGGAAUUCCGCCUCCAGAGAUUAAAUGGCACAAAGACAAUGUGACAAUCACAAAAGAGCAUUUGGCAACGGAUGAGGAUGACAUUUUGAGGCUGGCCAUCAUCUAUGACAAUGUUCAGCCGAGCGAUGCUGGCAUUUACAGUUGUAACGCCAAGAAUUGGGCUGGUCACGCUGAAAAGGACGUUGAUUUGGUGGUUUUGAGUUAGUUUUGAAUUUUUUUUAAAAAUUAAAAAUUUGAAAAAAAUUUUAAAUCAAAAAAAAGAAAUUUAAAAUUUUUAAAAUUUCGAAAAAUUUUUUUUUUGAAAAUUUUUAAAUUUUAAAAAUACCAUUUUAGCGCCCCCAAUAAUCCUGCCACAUCAAUUUGACGUCAAUGCCUCUCUUGGAGAUACGAUCAUUUUACCAUGUAACGCCAGUGGAAACCCAGAACCGGUGAUUUCCUGGAUGAAGGUACCCAACAUGACACUGAUUGGCAAGGAGGACAGUAAGCUUAUUUUUACUUUAUUCUAAGUCACUUACUGUGUCUUAGGGCUUAGCGUACUUUAGACUUUACUGUAGCUUAGGUUCUUUAUUGUACUAUAAGCGUGGUAUCUUACUGUAUUGCAACCUACUGUAUCCUAGAUCUUACUGUACUGUAACCUACUGUAUCUUAUGUUACGUAUUGUAUCAUAGGCUUUUUGUGGGUUUCAAGGCUCUCUAAUGUACCUUAGGCUCCCUACCGUAUCCAGGGCUCUGUACCGUACCCUAGGCUCCCUACCGUACCCUAGGCUUUCUACCGUACCCUAGGCUUUCUACCGUACCCUAGGCUUCCUACCGUAUCCUAGGCUUCUUACCGUAUCCUAGGCUUCUUACCGUAUCUGAGGCCCUACUGUACUUUUGCUCUACUGUACCCUAGGCCCUACUGUACUCCAGGUUCUAAUGUACCCUAGACCCUACGGUACCCUAGGCUUUAAUGUUCCAUAGACCCUACUGUAUUUUAUACUCUACUUUAAUGUAAGCCCUACUGCAAUGUAGACCCUACUGUAAUGUAGGGCCUACUGUACCCUAGGCCCUGCUGUACUCUAGGCCGUACUGUACCCUAGGUCUUGCUGUACAAUAGGCCCUACUGUAUGUAUCCUAAAAUCUUACUUUAAUGUAGACUCUACUGUUCUCUAGGCCUUACUUUACAUUAGGUCCUACCAUACUCCAGGCUUUACUUAACUCUACAGUAACCUCAAGUAUUGUUAUUUUACACUUUUUAGAGUACAAAAACCUGGGUACCUCGCUAGCCAUUCAAGGUGUGACAAUCGAUGACGAUGACUUUUACCAAUGUAUCGCUCGUUCCGACGCCGGCACAGCGACAGGAAUACGUCGGGUCACGGUAAACAACAUUCAUCUCAAGGGACCACCUCGAGUUUGGGUCGAGUGUGACAAGGAUGGUCACCCCACCGCCAAUGCCUACGUACCACCCAGAGGCGACGUGCCAACCGACAUUGACCCUCAGGACAUUGAGUAUCUACCAUGGGAGGAGCGACAUCUAUAUGACAAUAAGAAUGGCAGUAACGUCAUCUACUUCAAGUGUUUCCCCACCUCACGUGACCCACGCCACCUCAGCACGGUACCAGUCGCACCACAGUUUUUGGAAGUACCACCAAAGAUGGUACAGAUCGAGAAGGGUACCAGUUUGAAGCUGAAGUGUAGUGCUGCUGGUAUACCAUCACCGAUUGUCAUUUGGAGUGUGAAUGGGAAGGUAAUGGACACCACCAUGGAGAUGUUACACUUGGAGGGGGAUGAGGUUGAAGAAGGACGAUAUGUUUGUACGGCCAGGAAUGAAGUUGGCGAGGAGCAGGUAGGGUGAUUUUUUAAUGAUUUUUUUUCUUAGGGGGGGGGUUGGGGGUGGGGGUGAUUUUAAAAGAUUUUUUCUUGUUAGGGGAGAGGGUAGGGGUAGGUUUAAGUAUUUGUGGUAAGGUCGUGGGGUAGGGUAGAAAUGGUUAGUCGAGAAUGACUUGCUAAGCGGCGGGUAAGGGAGAUUUUAAAGGUACUUUUGCUAAGGGAUAGGGCAGGGGUAGUUUUAGAAUGAUUUUUUUUGUUAGUGUGGGUGUGGGGGUUAGGGUGGGGUGCUUUUCAAAAAUUUUGUAUUGUAAGGAUCAGGAUAGGGGUGUUUUUUAAUGAGUUAUGGGGUAAGGGUAAUUGGGAUUUUUGGUAAGGAAUUGGGUAGGGGUGAUUUAAAAAAAUUUUUCUGUAAGAAGGAGGGGCUAGGGUAGGGGUGGUUGGAUGAUAGUUUUAGGUGAGACUGAGGGGUAGGGUAGGUUAGGGUAGGGAAGAAUAGAGUAGGAUAAUGUAGGGUAGCGUAGAGUACAGUAGGGUAGGGUAGGGUAUGGUAAUGCAGGGUAGGGUACGGUAGGGUAGAGUAGGGUACUACCAAAUCUAAUUGCCAGUUGAAAUUUUAAAAAAUUUUAAAAAGUAUUUUAAAAACCUCACUUCUAGGCCAUAACCAAAGUAGAAUUUAAAAAACAACAAUCUCAAAUCCGUCGAGCACCAAAAAAAGAACCACUAGUACCAGUAACAAUACUAGACUGCAAAACCCCCUCCCCCGACGCGGUCUGGUACUUUGACGGCGAACGAAUAGAACCACUCGUACCAAACGACCAAAUGCAUGUGAUGCCAAAUGGCAGCCUGGUCCUGAACUAUUUCGUCGAAAAAUCCGAAAUUCAAAAGUUUUUGUGCGAAGUUACAGUAAGCGGCAAGGACAAAAAGUAUCGACCGAAGAAACCGACCAACCUGGAACUGCCCGAAGUCGCACCAGUCGUCAAAAUACCACAGAAUGACAGAAUAAUCGGAGAAAAAGGCAGUAAUGUUGUUCUGGAUUGUGAACUGAUCAAAGGCACCUUGUUAUUGACCCGGAUCAGAUGGACCAAAGAUAAUGUCAACUUGGAAAUCGAUGGAAACAAGUUUGUUUUUGCGGUAAGUUUGUCUUUUUUAUAUUUUUAAUGAUAGUAUAUGUUUUAUUACGCUUAUAGGAACCUAAAAAAUUGGGUUUGAGGGGUGGUUUUGAACGUUUUUGAGAUUUUGACGAAAUGUCACAAAAAUUAUUGGUUUUUAUUUUUUGUGUUUUUUUAGUUCUAAUGACAGUAUAAGGUCUAAAAAUGGGUCUGGAGUCCAUUUUUUACUUUUUUGAAUUUUUGACGAAAUGUCACAAAAAAUAUUGAUUUUUUUAAAAUGGGUUUUUUAUGUUUAGGAUGAUAAGGAAACGUGUAUAAAAGCACUUUUGCAGGUUUAUAGGUCAAUUUGUUAAAAUUUAAAAAUUGUGAAGAAAUGUCACAAAUAUUAUUGGUUUUUAAAGCGAUGAUUUAUAGUUGUUAAAAUACGUCUUGCGUGGUUUUUGGGAAAGUUUACAGUUACAGUUUAUUUACUAGCUCAAAAAUAAUUUUUACUUUUUAUCUGUGUUGUUUCAGAGCAACAACUCAUUGAUAAUCAACGACCUGACUGAGGCUGACCGAGGAUCAUAUAAAUGUAGGGCUUGGAAUCGAAGAGGAAAGUCGUACGAUGAAGCUGGAGUUAUUAUUGGCAGUACGUUUUUUUCAUACACUACCCCUACCCCUACCCCUACUCCUACCCCUACCCCUACCCCUACCCCUACCCCUACCCCUACCCCUACCCCUACCCCUACCCCUACCCCUACCCCUACCCCUACCCCUACCCCUACCCCUACCCCUACCCCUACCCCUACCCCUACCCCUACCCCUACCCCUACCCCUAUCCCUACCCCUACCCCUACCCUUACCCCUACUCCUACUCCUAUUCCUUACUGUUACUUAUCGUAUGAUUUACUAUAUACUACUUGCUUUUCAGACCUCCCAGGUAUAAUAGAAGCCAGAAUUCACGGUAAAAUCAACGGUCGCAGAAUCGAACCAACCAACAUUGUCUUCGCUCGCCCAGAAGCUAACGUCAACUCCAACGACCUACUAGUACAUCUAGACAACCUUCCAGACCCAUUAGGACCAAACAGUACCAAAGUUAAAAAUCAACUAGUCGGCUUAAUGGCUACACCCUCGCUACAACUCGGCUACGAUGCAGACAAAAUGCCUUCUGAUUUGGACCCACUAAUGGUACCAUUCGAGAAGAGUACCAACUACAAAUUCAAAUCAGGCCAAGAAAUGAUUGUAAAACAGAAAAGUAUGGGUAGUAACAAUGGUACCAUGAAAAUGGACGUGGAGUUCAAUGGAGAUCUACCUGAUUUUGAUGACGAAAAUGCGAAAGUUCAGCCAAUGGAAGAGAAGUUGGUCGCUGAUCAACCUGACAAAUUGAAAGGACAUGGAAGCUCGAGUGUUAAGUUUGGUCCUAAUGGGGAGGUACUAUUUACGUAAGUUUUAAGAUUAAAAUCAUUUAAAAACGCAUUUAAAUUAGACUAAAAAGGCCGUUUUUUAAUGAAAAAACACUAUUUCUGGCGAAAAAUUGCUAAAAAUAAUGCAUAAUUCUGUCAAAUGGUCUUAAAAAAUGCUAAAAAGGUUGUAAAAAGUACAAAAAGGACGCUCAGAAGCUUAAAAAUUAAAAAUUCGAUUAUUUGAAAUCCUGAAAACCCUAAAAAGUUGACUCGACCACGGCAGGAUUCGAACCUACAAUCUUCGGUUCCGUAGACCGACGCGUUAUCCAUUGCGCCACGCGGCCACGUUUCGGCUUUCUCUUGUUUUCUUUCUGUUUCUUUUUGAAACUGGAAGGAAAGGGGAAUAGAGGGGAAAAAUUGAUAAAAAUGAGAAAAAGGGGGGGGGCUAUUAAUUAAAAAAAAAUUAUUUAGGAAUAAAAUAGCUUUUUAUUGUCACAACAAGGACUUUCAUAAAGUAGAAAGUGCAUAUCUUUUAAAAUUAUUUUGUUUAAAAAUCGCAAGAACUUUCUUUACAAAACUCAUUUUGUGAAAACCGCAAAAACUUUCUUUACAAAACACAUUUUUCAAAAAACCGCAAAAACUUUCUUUACAAAACACAUUUUUCAAAAAACCGCAAAAACUUUCUUUACAAAACUCUCAUUUCUUAGAAAAAUGCAAUGACUUUCUUUACAAAACCUAUGUUUCAAAAAAAACGCAAGAGCUUUCUUUACAAAACGUAUUUCUUAAAAAACCGCAAUAACUUUCUUUAUAAAAUAUUUUUUAGAUUCACCGAUGAAAUAGACUUAAAGCUCAACCCAGAUGAAGAAGUUCUUCGACCAGACAUGACAAUGCUCUUGACAACAUCAGUUGAUGACAAAGCCAAUAAGAAUCCUUUGGAACUUGGCCUCAAGGUGAACACGAAUCGAUUUGGCGAUUGUCCAGAUGGCUAUGUUCGUAUCAAAGACUACUGUAAGGACAUUGACGAAUGUGCCUUGGAUAAGAACGUCUGCUCCGGUCGGUCGGAAUGUCACAAUACAUAUGGCAGCUUCGAAUGUCACCUCGAAUGUCAGGCCGGCUUCAUGGCUAAUGAGUAUGGUGAAUGUGAAGAUGUCAAUGAAUGUAAAUUGGGAAUGUUUGAUUGUGAAUUGGGUACGGAGUGCAGAAACUCGAAUGGAAGCUACGAUUGUGUUGAAGCAUGCCCUGAAGGGUAUUAUAUGGAGGACAGUGGAGAUUGUGUUGGUGAGUUUUGUAGUGGUUUUAUGGAGGAGAGGAGGAGGCUUGAGAGUUUGAAAAGGUAGGGUAGCAGAAAAAAAUUUAUUGGGCAUAUGUUUUUAAUAGGGCAGGGUAAUCUAAUGGUCGAUUUUUGUUUUUUUUUGUCAAUUAGACAACUGUAGUGAUAGUAGGAUAGGUUACCAUACCGGAAGGCAAAAUAGACCGUACGGCAAUGAAGUGUAAAGUAAGGUAAGGUAAGAUAAGGUAAGGUAAUGUAAGGUAGAGUAGGGUACGGUAGUGUAGGGUACGGUAGGGUUGGGUAUGGUAGGAUAGCGUAAGGUGUUUAAUUUUAAUAAACUAAGUAAUAAUGUAACUUUUAAGACUUAUUUAGAAACCAAUACUUUCAGACCAAGACGAAUGCCUCGCCUCACCAUGCCCAUCACAAAUGGAGUGCAUCAACCUAGGCGGCAGUUAUCAAUGUAUAUGCCCGCUAGGACUAGCUCAAGUCGUAAAUGGUACCAAAUGUGAAGGUCUAAUAGGUGAACCACUACAAGCAAUGACAUUUGAAACCAGUCCAGACACUUUUGAGUGUCCUGAAGGUUUGGAAUGGACUGGCACAGCUUGUGCUGACAUUGACGAAUGUGCUUUUGACGCACCGUGCCAACACAAAUGCGCUAAUCGUGCCGGAGGAUAUGAGUGCUCUUGUCCUGAAGGAUAUGUGCUGGACGAGUUUGGGCAGUGCUUGGGUAAGGAUUAGGGAGGGGGUGGGGUAGUUUUAUUUUGGGGUGUGGUGUUUUUUUGUUUUAGGGGGUGUUUUUUUUAAAUGAAAAAAAAGUAAUUUUUUAGCCUAAAAACUUGAUUUUUAGGUAUUAAAACAUGUUCUACGGACUUUUUGAUCGCCUAAAAAUAGAUUUUGUUAUUUUUUGUUUAAAAUUCUUGACUUUCAGACGUAAAUGAAUGUGAACUGGAAGGAGUGUGUGGAGCCGGAGAGCUUUGUUUCAAUCAGCUUGGCGACUACUCUUGUAUCGUCAACGCAUGCCCACCCGAUUAUCGACUGAGGAUCGAAAGUCAUGACAUGUAAGUGGUUUUAAACACAUCUUUGCUGAGUAGAAUAAGUAGGGCAGGGUCAGGUGGAACAUAUUUUUAUAUAUGUAGUGAGAGACUUCUUAUUAGAGAGAAUCUUUAUUGCUGGUAGGGCAAUGAAAGGCAUGGUAAUGUAGAACACCGGGCUUACGUUGAAAAGCCCGGGUAAAAAGCUGAAAUAUGCUCUUUGAUUUAAAUUUUUUAAAUUUACUUAUUAGUCGCAAAAACGAUGUAUAUGGAUGGGGGUGUAAAAUUUAAAAAAUGCGCUUAAAUUAUGAUUUACAACAAUGCAACAAUAAGACAUUCUGAUCUGUAAUACAACAGUGAAAUUAACAAAAAAAAAGCUUUAACAAAGCGACAGAUAAAAGAAAUACGUGCAAUAUUACUAAAAAGUUAGAGACCACAAUUUUACUAUUCGAAACUCACUAGCACUGGUUCAGUAUUCAAUCCUGACUGUUUAAACACAAUAUAAGAACAAAACACGCAAGUCGCUCUUAUUUUAAGAAAAUUGUCAUUAUAUAGUAGUACUUGAACAAUAAUACAAUAAAUCUAAAAAUCUCCUUUUCAGAGCAACUUGCCUCCCCCUAUGCAAGAACUGCACCACUCCCAUAAUCCACAUUUACCUAUUCCCUCUACCUCAAGGCCUUCCGAAAGGCACACCACUGGCUCGUUUAGCCGCUCACGAUACGAAAGGCAAAAUCCUCAAAAACACAACCUUCCACGAGAUUCGUGACAUCAACCAACCAGUACCUGAACGUCAAGCCGUUGAUGUGAAGGUAAAAGAUGGUCGAGCAACAUUAUUGUUGAACGAUCGUCUCGCUGGAGGCAGUAAACAACGAUUGAACUUGAGGUCGUCGAGUAUAUCGACCGAUGGAUCUUAUAAAUAUGCCAGCAAUUUCUAUAUAUUUACCGCCAUCUCGAAAUAUCCAUUUUAG